AUGGACGGGCACCUCAAGCAGCCGCCAUCAACCUUGAACAUCUCCAUGAGCGCUGCGGUUGUAUAUGCCGCGUUGGCUCUGUUGUUCGCGCUUGCAGGGCUCUGCUGGACGUACCGCAACAGAGGCUUCUGGACGUCGCGGUCUGCCAACUCAGCCUGGAUUGGCGGACCCGAGGGGAAACCAUUCGUUGGCAACCUUGGCGAGCUUCAAACCAACGGCGCUGCCAGCUGCAAAGCCUGGUACUCCUUGUAUGAACGCUACGGGCCUGCUUACGAGAUGACAGUUCCCUUCUUCCGUCUGCAUGUCAUCAACCAUCCCGUAUAUCUCGAGCACAUCCAGAAGCACAACAGUAAGAACUACAUACGCGGCGCAUUCACACGGAACGUCUUUGGCGAACUGCACAGAAGAGGUAUCUUCGUCGCCGAUGGCGCCGAAUGGCACUUACAGCGCAAGGCGGCGACUCGAGCGUUCAGCAAGCGGAACUUUGAAACUCACAUCACGCGGUCCCUGCACCACUGGCUUGACAUUUUGAUGCGUCUGCUGUCGAACCUGGCCAAGGAGCAGAAGACGUUUGACUUGCAGAGCUUGAUGAGUCGCUUCAUGUUCUGUCUCUUCCUCCGGAUCGCCUUCCACGAGGACGAGCUCGCGCUGGACAUCAUGUCUGACGAUCCCAAGAGUCUUGAGAAGACACCAGAAUACGUCGAAGCGUUGGACGAGGCUCUGUAUCUGUUUGAUCGACGGAGACGUGACCCUCUCUGGAGACUCACCGAGAAGUUAUCCGGCGAGGACAAGACUAGCAGGAGAGCUGUGGCCCUUUUCUACGGGCAAAUCGAUGGUCUCAUCAAGAAGCGGCUUGACAUGAUCAAGAAUGGCUAUAAGCCCAGCCCGGACGACGGCGUGGACCUUCUGGACCUUUUCAUGCAAUCGACAGACGAUCCGCACACGCUGGGUGGCAUGGUGUUUGGAAUCCUCGUAGCUGGUCGCGAUACAACCGCGUAUAGCAUCUCAUGGCUCAUGAAGGAAAUUCAUCACAAGGAUAACAAGCACCUAGACGCUGCACACAAGAUUCGAGCUGAAGCCAAGGAGCUGGGCUUCACUACUGGUUAUCUCGGGUAUGGUGACACGGCGAAAAUGCGAUUUGCAAAUGCAAUGUGGGACGAGACCGCGCGCCUGAACACCGUCUCUCCAGCCGGUCAAAUGGAGGCAGCACAGGAUGACGUUCUUCCAGCGGUGCCGGAGCUCAACAUGCCUCGUCGUCGCAUCAGGAGGGGCGACGUUGUUAGCUAUCAGAACUACGUCCUCUCGCGGAUGCCUGAGGUCUGGGGGGAGGACGCCACUGUCUUCAAUCCGUACCGAUGGUUCACAGAGAAUGGAGAGAGCAUCUCCUAUAGCCCUUUCAAAUACCAUUCAUGGAAUGCUGGGCCGCGCAGCUGUCUCGGGCGCGCUCUCGCCACCUACGAGGGCAUCGCAACCAGCACUGCCAUCCUACAGCGAUUCGACAUCAGCUUAGCAGACGACAGCAGGGUGUAUGAACCGCUUGCUGCCAUGAACAUGGGGUGGGCUUCCUAUGAGGGUGAGGGAGCGAGUUUCGUGAAGGCCAAGCAGUGCGGCAAGGUCUUGGCAAAGAUCAAGCUUACAGAAGGCCUCAACUACGAAGACGUCAUCCUUGAAAAACCCAAGAGACGGAUCGACUUGAUAGUUUUGCCUCUUGCAAAGCAAACGGUUGACUACGGGAAGCCGCAGCAGUAG